AUGUCCGCUUUGACCGCCGGGGUGCAAUACAGUCUGUCGUCGAACCAGAACAAUGGCCUCAUGCCCAAGCAGAGGACGGGCAAGAACAAAACGCUGUUCUUCGUCAAGCUGACCGAUUCCUGUCUGAAGGCCGUCGAGGAUUACCUGCGGUGCUGUCAACAGGGUAACUCAGAAAACCUUCCAAAACCUAGAAUACAAUUUAAAGGCAAUGAAGGCCAAUUAUGCGUCCCGAGCAUAUCAAAAAAUUAUACAUUUGACUUUAGUUUAUCCAAUACAACAGACGCUGCUGCACCUCGAAGUAGCUUUGAAUGUAUUCGUCAAAAUACUUCUAGAUCAUUAGAAUAUGUUGGUACCUUGAAUAGACAUAUACGAGUACUUGCGAAUGAUGAUGUAUAUGAAGCUACUAGACAUAGAAUGGUUGCUGUCGAAGAAUUACAUAAAAAAUCAUGUACCCGGGAAAUUGAACUCGACAGCAAAUCAGCUCUUAGUCGCAAGAUCCGUAAAAAUCCUGCCCAAAUAAGAGCUAGCCGUCAUAAUAAUAAUUCUUAUAAUAAUGUUAAUAAUGUUAAUAAUGUUAAUAAUGUUAAUAAUGUUAAUAUUACAAAUAACGUUCCAAAACCUAUAAUUUCCAAACCUAUACCCCCACAUAUCCCUUUACCAACCAAUCAUGCAUCAGAUAUUAGCAAAAAACCAUUACGAGAUAGAAUUAUUCAUCUUUUAGCAUUAAGGCCAUACAAGAAACCAGAAUUAAUUAGUAUAUUAAAUAGAGAUGGUUUGAAAGAUAAAGAUAGAACACAAAUAAUGUCAGUUCUUAGUCAUGUAGCACAAGCAAAAGAUAAUGCAUACUAUCUAUUAAGGCAUAUUUGGAAUGAAGUUCAAGAAGACUGGCCAUUUUAUAGUAGUCAGGAUCAUAUUGUAUUAAAACGACGAAAGCCUCAAAAUUUAACACCUCCUGGAUUAAGUGAUACUGGAAGCUCUGGCAGCAGUGAACAAUCCCCAAGUAGCACCGUUCCCAGCAGCCCCCCUAGUAAUGUACAUGGUAACAAAAGACCUGGAUACUACAAUAGUGCAGAUGGUUUCCAGACUAAAAAAUUGCGUGUUUCACACUUCAAACGACCGUCGCCCGAGAAAAAAUUGUCAUCAGAUAGUCCUCCACCAAUUGUAUCUAGUACUCAGUCAACCAUACGAUCACCUACUCAUGCACCCUCUCAUACUAAUCCAAUACCAAAAUAUAUUCAAGAUUUUGUGCGAAUAACAAACAAGGAGCAAAAGAAACAAUAUAAAUCUGAAUUCAUGAAAUGUCAUAAAGAAUACAAACACCUGGCUGAAAUAAUGGAUCCUGUUCGAAAUAAAUUUGCUAAGCUAAAAGAUCGGAUGUUGCUUUAUCCUAAAGGCUCAAAUGAAUAUAAGAUUUUAGAAAACCAAAUAUUACAAGAAUAUAAUGAAAGAAAACACGAUGAUAAAUAUCAAGCAGCUAAAACACGUUUUGACUACCUGCAUAACAAAUUAUCCCACAUCAAAGACUUAGUCCAUUUGUAUGACAAACAAAAUCCCGUUUUAGUUAGGACUACUCCCGAUUCUUCUUGCUGA